ACCUGAAGCGAGCACUGGGAACCAUGGGCUGUACAGUUAGUCAGGAAGACAAAGCUGCGGCCGAGAGGUCAAAAAUGAUUGAUAGAAAACUAAAAGAAGAUGAUGAAAAGUCGCAGAGAGAAGUGAAACUGCUGCUGCUGGGUGCUGGAGAGUCGGGGAAGAGCACCAUUGUGAAGCAGAUGAAGAUUAUUCAUGAGGAUGGUUACUCAGAGGAUGAGUGUAAGCAGUACAGAGCAGUUGUCUACAGCAACACGAUCCAGUCCAUCAUGGCCAUCAUUAAAGCCAUGUCCAACCUGAAGAUCGACUACGAGGAUAGUUCCAGAGCGGAUGAUGCUCGCCAGCUGUUUUCUUUGUCUGCUACUGCAGAAGAGCAGGGCAACCUGCCAGAAGAAAUGUCUAAAAUCAUCCAGCGACUGUGGGAGGACGGCGGUGUCCAGAGCUGCUUCACACGGGCCCGGGAGUACCAGCUCAACGACUCUGCAUCCUACUACCUGAAUGACCUGGAGAGGAUAGCCAAAUCCGACUACAUCCCCACACAGCAAGACGUGCUGCGAACUCGCGUCAAGACCACGGGCAUCGUGGAAACGCACUUCACCUUCAAACAACUUAACUUCAAGAUGUUUGAUGUUGGAGGUCAGCGGUCAGAAAGGAAGAAGUGGAUUCACUGCUUCGAGACGGUCACGGCCAUCAUCUUCUGUGUAGCCAUGAGCGCUUAUGAUCUGGUUUUGGCUGAGGAUGAGGAGAUGAACCGGAUGCACGAGAGCAUGAAGCUGUUUGACUCCAUCUGCAACAACAAGUGGUUCACGGAGACCUCCAUCAUCCUGUUCCUCAACAAGAAGGACCUGUUUGAGCAGAAGAUCAUCCAGAGCCCCCUGACUAUCUGCUUCCCUGAGUACACUGGUCCCAACAAGUACGACGAGGCCGCGGCUUACAUUCAGACCAAAUUCGAGGACCUGAACAAGAAGAAGGAGACGAAGGAAAUCUAUACCCACUUCACCUGCGCCACUGACACCAAGAAUGUGCAGUUCGUGUUCGAUGCCGUCACUGACGUCAUCAUUAAGAACAACCUGAAGGACUGCGGCCUGUUCUAAAAACAUUUCAGAGCGUCAUGAUUACUUGAAUAGUUCUGAUGACCAGGAUGAGGUGAGGGAGAGACAACACACAUCAUGAGUGACUGCACUGUCCAACCACGAUUUCUGCUUCGACCUGCUUUUUAUAAAGACACCUAAGAGACUGAAAACCCGACAAGCCUCGCCGAUUUUCAACCAUCCCUUAUCCAGCUGCUUGUAUUGUUAACUCUUUAAGCUUCGACCACAAAAAAAAAAAAAUAAAAAAAAAAUAAAAACGGGGAAAAAAGAAAUGAAAAAAAGGGAAAAAAUCAUUUAUUAUUCAAUUUUUUUGUUUUUGUUUUUUCUUUAUUAUUUCCAAUUACUAGAGGAUGGAAAGGAUACUGUUUUUAUAUAAAUGCAUAAAUUUUACUUGUAGAUUCUGAUGUCCAAAAUGUUAAACUUUUAAUCACAUGAAACUUUUUUUUUGUAAACAAUAAAGCACAGGCGUGAACAUAAGGAAGAUUAAUAAAAGAAAAGUGCUUGUUUUUGUUUUUUUAUAAUGUU